AUGCUGAUGGGAGCCCUCUGCAGCCUCCUGGUGCUCUGCCUGGUUCAGGAGGGCAUCAGCAAAGUGAGAAGAUACUACAUCGGUGCAGUGGAAACUGCCUGGGACUAUGUGCACAGCGACUUGCUCUCCACGCUGCAAGCACCUGCAAGGGCACCAGGGCCCCCAGCCCCGUGGGACGCCGUGGCCGGAGUCCCGCCCCGGUACAGGAAGGCCGUGUUUGUGGAGUACCCCGACGCCUCCUUCCUGCAGCCCAAGCCCAAGCCCGCGUGGAUGGGUCUCCUGGGCCCCACCAUCCGAGCAGAGGUCUAUGACAUGGUGGUCAUCACAUUUAAGAACCUAGCCUCCCGCCCGUACAACCUCCAUGCUGUCGGGGUGUCCUACUGGAAGGCGUCAGAGGGUGCAGUAUAUGAGGAUGAGACUAGCCAGCCAGAGAAGGAGGGUGACAGGGUAGAUCCAGGGAAGACACAUACAUACAUCUGGGAAAUCCAGCAAAACCAGGGCCCGACAGAUGGUGAUUCCCCAUGCCUAACCCACUCCUACUCCUCCAACACUGACAGCGUGAAGGACAUCAACUCUGGCUUGAUUGGAGCCCUGCUCGUGUGCCGACCUGGGAAAAGCUGGUACUCUGAUCCUGGCUCCCUGGCAGCUCCUGGGCCCCUACCUCACAACAGGACAGAGCAGCACACCAUCAAUGGCUACAUAAAUGGCUCACUGCCUGGUCUCACACUGUGCCUUAAGAAGCAGGUCCAUUGGCAUGUGAUUGGCUUGGGCACUGGGCCAGAAGUCCACUCCAUCUUUUUUGAAGCCCACACAUUCCUGGUGAGAAGCCAUCGUCUCAGCAGCCUAGAAAUUUCCCCUGCCACGUAUCUCACAGCUCAGACCGUGCCAGGAACAGCUGGCUGGUUUCGGAUGUUCUGCCAGAUACUGUCCCAUCAGCAAGGUGGCAUGGAGGCGAUUGUGAAGGUGGAGGAGUGUGUGGAGGAGCGCCUGGUGAAGAUGGGGAAGCUGUCAGAUGACCCAGAGGACAUGGAUUACCCUGAAGAAGAUGAGGAAACAUAUCACGUGAUCCAAGUACGCUCUUCUGCCAAAGAGAGGCCUGUGACCUGGACGUACUACAUCGCGGCUGAGGAGAUGGACUGGGACUAUGCCCCGUCGAAGCCAGCGUCUCUGGACAGAAAUAUCACAAGGCUGUUCCUGGAGGCUGGCCCUCAGCGAAUCGGUUCAAAGUAUAAGAAAGUGAUGUUUGUGGAGUAUGAGGAUGCAACCUUCAAGAAGCGCAAGGUGUCAGAUCAACUGGACAAGGGAAUUCUGGGGCCUGUCAUUAAGGGGGAGGUUGGAGAUGAGUUUAAGAUAGUGUUCAAGAACCUGGCAAGCCGACCAUACAACAUCUACCCUCACGGCCUCACCAGUGUAAGGCCAUACUAUGCUAUGAAGCGCUCUCAAGGCAAUAAAAAUGUGAAGGACAUUCCUAUCCCCCCUGGCCAGUCAUUCACCUACAGCUGGAGGAUCACCCCUGAGGAUGGGCCAACACAGGCAGAUCCUCGCUGCCUCACCCGGUUCUACUACAGCUCCAUCGACCCCGUCCGAGACACAGCCUCAGGACUGAUUGGACCCCUCCUAAUCUGCUUUAAGAAGUCCAUGGAUCAGAGGGGAAAUCAGAUAAUGUCAGACAAGACGAGGUUGGUGCUGUUUUCAGUCUUUGAUGAGAACCGCAGCUGGUACCUGGAGGAGAACAUCAGGCGGUUCUGCACUGAUGCAGUCCAUGUGGAUAUCCAGGACCCCCAGUUUUAUGCCUCCAACAGGAUGCACACUAUUAACGGCUUUGUUUUUGACAACCUUCAUACAAAACUCUGUCUGCAUGAUGUUGUGUACUGGUAUGUCCUGAGUGUUGGGGCCCAAACAGAUUUCCUCUCCAUCUUCUUCUCUGGAAACACUUUCAAGCGCAACAUGGUCUUUGAGGAUGUGCUUACCCUUUUCCCAUUUUCUGGAGAAACAGUCUUCAUGAGUUUGGAAAAGCCAGGCAUCUGGACACUGGGGUGCCUGAAUCCUGAUUUCAGAGACCGAGGGAUGCAUGCCAAGUUCACAGUCUUGCAGUGCCAGCAUGAGCAAUAUGCUUAUGGGGAAGACUAUGUCGAUUUUGAGGAGGAGGAUGCUUUUGACUUCCAACCCAGGGGCUUUUCCAAAAGAAAGAUAUGGCACAGGCCAUAUGCAGCAGGGCAUGCCAGGGGCUUUCAGAGCCCAGCUUUGGCCAAGCUGCAGCUAGGCAGAGGUGCUGCCUGGGGGGCUCCUGGGAGCAUGCAAGCUCAGCAGAGAAAACAGAUGGAGGAGGAGACAAACUCUGUGGAGCAGCUGGGUCAGUUCAGUCCUGAGUCUCAGCAGCUCAAGGCCAGUACCACAGAGGACUAUGUUCCUGAGAGCACACCUAGGCAAAGCCCAGAAGAAAUCCCUGUGAAACCAGCCUCCAAAGAGAACUAUUCCAUGUCUCCAAGCAGCCCUUCUCACAACCACAGCACCACCAAAAUAACAGCCAAAUAUGUACAAGCUAGUCCAGAUGGAUGGCAGGUGCUCAGCAAGGAAGAUGUCCUCAACGAAACUGGGAAGAGUGAGCACCAGGGUCUAGGAGAGCCCAAGGAGAAUGGGGAAAGCAACAGCACAGCUGGGAAGAUGAGCCAUGCCCCAGGACACAGGGAGAGACCAGCUCUGAACAACAUGACCCAUUCCAGCCCCUCAAAUCCAAAGGCUGACAAGCUGGACUAUGAUGAGUACGGGAACACAGAGCAGACCAUGGAGGAUUUCAACAUCUAUGGGGAAGAAGAACACGACCCACGCUCCUUCCAGGGAGAGGUACGGCAAUACUUCAUUGCAGCAGUGGAGGUUAUGUGGGAGUACGGGAACCAGAGACCCCAGCACUUCUUAAAAGCCACGGGCAGGAGGAAGACUUCCCGACAGUACCGCAAGGUGGUUUUCCGAGAGUACAUGGACAAUUCCUUCACACAGCCACUGCUGCGGGGAGAACUGGAUGAACACUUGGGCAUCCUUGGGCCAUACAUCAGGGCAGAAGUUGAAGAUGUUGUCAUGGUUACGUUCAAGAACCUGGCCUCACGUCCCUUCUCCUUCCACUCCACGCUGCAAGCCUACGAGGAGCCCCGGGGCGCAGUGGAGGGCGGGGAGGGCGUGCAGCCUGGCGAGCUCCGCAAGUACUCCUGGAAAGUCCUGCCGCAGAUGGCACCCACCAUGCAGGAGUUUGACUGCAAGGCCUGGGCUUACUUCUCCAAUGUGGACCUGGAGAAGGACCUGCACUCGGGCCUCAUUGGGCCACUGAUCAUCUGCCGCCCAGGGGUGCUGAGCUUCGUUUUCAGGCGGCAGCUAGCUGUGCAGGAGUUCUCCCUGCUCUUCACCAUCUUUGAUGAGACGAAAAGCUGGUACUUCCUGGAGAACAUGGAGCGAAACUGCCGGCCUCCUUGCCACAUCCAGCGAGACAACCCUGACUUUAAGAGAAACCAUUCCUUCCACGCCAUUAACGGUUACGUGGGUGACACGCUACCUGGGCUGGUGAUGGCUCAGCAGCAACAGGUCCGAUGGCACCUCCUGAACAUGGGCAGCACUGAGGAUAUCCAUGCCAUCCAUUUUCACGGACAGCUGUUCAGUGUCAGGACUAUCCAGGAGUAUCGCAUGGGAGUCUACAACCUUUAUCCUGGUGUCUUCAGGACGGUGGAGAUGCGGCCCUCACAUGCUGGGAUCUGGCGGGUAGAGUGCAAAGUGGGAGAGCACCAGCAAGCUGGGAUGAGUGCUCUUUUCCUUGUGUACAACCCCAACUGCCGAAAUGCCCUUGGUCUGGCCUCGGGCCACAUUGCAGACUCCCAGAUCACAGCGUCAGGACAGUACGGGCAGUGGGCUCCUUACCUCGCCAGGCUGGACAACACUGGGUCCAUCAAUGCUUGGAGCACUGACCACAGCAGUGCCUGGAUCCAGGUGGACCUUUUGCGUCUCAUGAUUAUUCACGGCAUAAAAACCCAAGGGGCCCGACAGAAGUUAUCGAGCCUUUAUGUCUCCCAGUUUGUUGUCUUCUACAGCAUCGAUGGGCAAAGGUGGAGGAAAUACAAAGGGAAUGCCACCAGCACGCAGAUGCUGUUCUUUGCAAAUGUGGAUGGAACUGGAGUGAAAGAAAAUCGCUUCAGCCCUCCGAUCGUAGCCCGGUACAUCCGCAUCAACCCCACUCACUACAGCAUCCGGAGCACGCUGCGCAUGGAGCUCCUCGGCUGCGACCUGAACAGCUGCUCCAUGCCCCUAGGAAUGGAGAACAGAGGGAUCCGUGACGAGCGCAUCUCCGCGUCCUCCUACAGCACCAAUGUCUUCUCCAACUGGUCACCCUCCCACGCCCGCCUGAACCUGAAGGGGAGGACCAACGCAUGGAGGCCAAAGAGCAACAGCCCCAGCGAGUGGUUGCAGGUGGACUUUGAAGCAACCAAGAAAGUGACUGCAAUCAUAACCCAAGGUGCCAAAGCUGUCUUCACCCACAUGUUUGUGAAGGAGUUCGCAGUCUCGAGCAGCCAGAACGGUGUGCAUUGGAGCCCAGUCCUGCAGUAUGGCAAGGAGAAGAUUUUCAAAGCAAACCAAGACUACACCAGCACAGUGAUGAAUACCCUGGAGCCCCCGCUCUUUGCCCGCUAUGUGAGGAUACAUCCUCGUCAGUGGCACAACCACAUUGCCCUGCGGAUAGAGUUCCUUGGCUGCGACACUCAGCAGGAGUACUGA